UAGCUUUGCCAGAAGUACUCGUGAAAUUAGCUAAACUAAUUUUAUCGUUCGUAGGUUACGAAGUAAAAUCCAUCCAAAUUGCAAUAGAAAAAUGGAGAGUGCAUAAUUUUAAGGGUUCGUGGUUGCUGUUGUCGAUUUAUUAACUAAGCUCCACGUUUUUAGUUUCUAAAUUGACUUAUGGUCUAUAAGUACAGGAAACAAAGAGAGAAAAAGAGGGCCUAUUAUUUAAAACGUAGAGAGAGAGAACAUUAUGCUAUAAGAGACAACGUUAUGCAGAAGAAAGGGCGAGACUGGAAUAUUAUGGGUGUGUUUUAAACUUAUAAGAAGAGGAUCCAAAGAAAGCCAUUCGAGAUGGGAAGGCCAAAAAAGUAUAAAGAUGAUGGUGAAAGAAGGAGAGAGCGAGCAAGAAGGGAAAAGGAACGACGGGCUCAAGAAUCUCUCGAGCAAAGAGAAGACAGGCUAAGAAAAAUGUCGCAGUAUGUGAAGAUGAAAAGAGCAGCAGAAACGGAAGAGCAAAGGCUUGAGAGGCUGAGGAAGAUGUCUCAAAAUGAACGAGAUCGGAGGGCUGCAGAAUCGAAAGAACAAAGACUUGAGAGGCUGUGGAGGAUGUCUCAAAAUAUCCGUGAUCGGAGAGCAGCAGAAUCAAAAGGUGAGCAUUCCAGGAAACCGAAAAGAAAAGUAGCAACCAGAAAACAAAAACUCCUUCUUGAAAUUGAACCUGAAAGUUCCAGUUCAUCAUCACAUGAUUGUAUAUCUAAAAUUAACACGUUUUCCUUUUUUGUUGAUAAAUGUUCCAGUCAGCAGAAACUUCAGAGGACACAAGAUGUUUCCAAGAUGAUUUUGUUAUCUACUGGUCGUGUACAGGAAGACUUUCUAUCUGUGAGACAUGGUACACAGCUUAAAGACAGAAAUGAAAAUUUAAACUUUGAAACAAGAAGAACUAAGUUGAAACUUAUAGGUUCACCAAAGAGACAGGAAGAGAAACCUGAAGAAUACAAAUAUCACAGUAUUUGUAAAGAGGUCACUUCAGGACCUUUUACUUACAGUAAGAACACGUGUAAGCCACUUCACACUGAUGACUCAUCGGUCUCUCACUUGACUCCAGAAGUUCCUGUUAUCCAGGUGAAAUAUUCAUUUGGGACUGAAGUAGAAGAAGUGAUAACAACACCAGACAUUGAUGCUUUACUUGAUUUGUGGAAGAACUCUCCAGAACCAAGACCUCAACCAAUCAUAAAAAGGAAGUUCAAGGUGGGUGCCAAAGCUGUGAAAGUGACUGUUGCUGAUGCUUGUCCAGCUUAUUACUUUUGGGAACGUCUGAGAGGCAUAUUGCAUGACAAGGAUGUCAAUUUCUGGGUUCUGAAGAAAGUUGGCUUAUCUUCUAUUAAAAUAGUCAAAUUGAUUUGCAAAGCAUGUAACUUGCAAGUGUGGGUAGACUACGAAACAACUGUGUGCAUCAAGCGACAGCCCGAGAGUCGUAACCCAACAGCUAUAGACCUAGAAAACCUUCUGUUAAACGUGGCUUACACCAAGUAUAAAAGAAAAGUCCUCACUUCUAGACAAUCAACAGACCAUUCUCCUCAACCACUUGCUAUGUAAAUAAGAGUUAGGGUGUUUUGUUAACAAACUCAGAGUACUUUCGAGAUGACUCCUGACACAGAACAGCUUGAUUCCUUUAUGCAUUUGCCUAUGAGAUGUGCAUGCCACUAGCCUUGAGCUACCUCCCACUUAAAUAAUGUGUGUUUAACAUGAACUGCACUAAAGCAUGAUGACAUCACCAUGCGAUACUAGCCCUUCUCCAAAAAGAGGGAAACACAACCUUCUUGUACAGUAUCUCCUCCUAAGCACUUGUGCAUGAAAUAACUUCCUAGUUGAGGCACCGUCUAGAAAGGACUUGUUUCAACAUUGUUAAUCCAUUACUUGAGAUUUGCAAUGGUCUUCUAGUAAAUUUAAUUUAAUUUAGGUUUAGUGUUUGUGACUCACUACUUUUAAUUAGAUAAACUAUCAUUAUGGUGUUUCCUGCCUUUAUGAAUUAUGAAAUGAUGGUAACUUUCACUUCAUCCCGUGAUAGUUACUAUGAUCCUACCAUAUGACAUGUGGCUACUGGGGGCUUCUCAUUUUUGGUGGUUGUAGUAGCCACUGUUCAACAUGAUGUGGGUUUCUUCAUAAACACUGGGCCACCUUCUCCUGUCCAUUUGGCUGAUAUUCAUUUUCUCUUAUUUGAACAUGACCAGGAUGAUAUUGAUUUUAACUGGCUAUUUUCCCAACCAGGGUUUGCUCCAGGUACAGCUUUAUCUGUGAAGGAAUAACCACACCCUUCUAAUAUUUUCCUUGACCUGAUUUUGCAGGUAUGUUCUCUCCUUUCUCUUUCCCUUUUGUAUUUUGAUUCCUCCUGUACUACGUGAAACCCAUACUCAAGACUACUGUGUCUUCACUUCUUCGCCCAAUAUUAGGCCCUUGCAGACUCGUUUAUUGAACAGUUGCACAUCCGUAGUAACAAGUCUCAUCCUCCUCGUCUGCUUGGCUCUUUUGUCCUUACUUACAGCCAUUCUUAAUUUUUGUUUCUCAAUUUUCUGUUAUUGAAAUAUUUUUUACCCCUUAACUUCUGUUUCAUAAGGCCAAAAUUUUGCACCUUUUUCUCUUUCUUACUGCCUUCCUGUGUUACCUCUCAUCACUUCACCUUGUGCUCCGGAAAGGUUUUCUGGAGAGGCUUAUUCCCUUCUUUUCACCACACUGGUCUCUACUCCUGCUGUGUAUCCCUUCUUAUUUGGUUCCUCUGUUCUUGGGACUUGUUUGGAAGAGGAUGCUCUUCUAGCCAAUAUAUGCCUCCUUCACACUUAUCUCCAUGAUCUUCAUCAGGCUUCAUUUCUUCAUCCUUAGGGCUUUGGUGGUGUUCAUGACUCAUUGGAGAUUCAGGCUGAGGUGACCCAACAUCAAUCUUCGUUGUCUGCUUUGGUUUCUCCUCUUUCUCAACCUCACCAUUCUGUAAUUAUUCCUAAGCCUGCUGAAUCCAUGUCUCCCUUUCCCAUUCUAGCCUCCCACUUCCAAACAUGAGGGUCAUCCAUCAUCUCAUUGGUGAUUACUCUGUCAGGUCUGGCCCUGUGGGAGUGACCAUCUGUCUCUCUGUCAGCCUUUGGUCUCCAUUUUCGUCUGACUCGUGUUCUUCAGGUUCACAUGCACAGCCUAUCUCUCCUCUUAUCCUCAUUCCAUUUCCCAUUUCUUUCCUCCUCCAUCCUUUAGUGUCUCGAGAAUGUGGUUUCAGAUCUCUUAACUCUCAGUAUGGGCUCAGUUUCUGCGACCAACCUCGUAACCAUUUUGUGCUUGUU